AUGACGGAACAAAGUAGCUCGCGCCGAUACGCCUCUGGUGACGUCCGACACGAAGACGACGUUGCGGCGUGGGAGUCUCUGUCCGACACGUCCGACACCUCGUCGGCAUCCUCCAAGCCUGCGCUCGCCAAGCUUCCCACUCUGCCAGAUCUGCGGUUUGAGCAGUCGUACAUCGCAACCAUCCGUGGAUUCCUGCACGAAAAUUCGCCAAAUUCUGCCGAUGCAGACACGUCGCACGGACACGAGCACAAGGUCAAGAUCACCCGCCCCGCGCCCGACGAACAUACCCAACUCUGGCUCGGAAACCUCCGUGUCGAAUGGUCGUCGGUUCUGUGGGUGACGGUGCGCGAUCAGCUUCUCUCGCCUCUGGUCCAGGGCGCGGUGUGGGGCGUGGGAGGCAUCCUGCUCACGCAGUUCCGACAGUACUUUUCGGCAAAAAGUCGAUCAUCAGGCACGGGAGGCAGGAAGGCAAUGCCCCAAUCCUCUGUGAUGCGAAGCUUGGGCCUCUCCAAGCGCUAG